AUGAGCCCGCAGCAGCAACGCACCUACAUUAUGCUGAAGCCCGAUGGGCUGCAGCGCGGGCUGCUGGGCGAAGUGCUGCGGCGGUUUGAGCAGCGAGGGUUUAAGCUGGUGGCUCUGAAGCUCGUAAACCCUAGCUCGCAAACCCUCGAGCAGCACUACCGCGACCUCAGCGACAAACCCUUUUUUAGGGUUUUGAUGAACUACAUGAGCAGCGGCCCCGUCGUCGCCAUGGUUUGGGAGGGAACUGAUGUUGUCAAACAGGCCCGCAAAAUGCUCGGAGAGACCAGGCCCCUUGACAGCCAGCCCGGUACAAUUCGCGGGGACUUCUGCAUCGACGUGGGGCGCAACUUGAUCCACGGCUCGGACUCUGUGGAGGCAGCAGAAAGAGAAAUCAAACUUUGGUUUAAAGAAGAAGAGAUUUGCAACUGGACUCCAGCUCAGAAACCCUGGAUUUACGAGUGA